CUGGCGCGUUGCUGCAGCCAUGGAAAGCAUGGAAAAUCAACGAGCUACUCCAGAUGACAAAAAGUUUGGAGUUGUCAAAUUCGUUGGUGACAAUACCGUCGCCGUUAUUCAUUUAAACUGGGUGGAUGGGGCUGACUGCUUUUGGCCGGCUGCAACACACAAGAAUCUUGGUGCUCUCACCUUGGAAGGUGCCCAGCCACAGCCAGAUUGGAAGAAAUCCCGUUUUGCUUCCUUAGGAUGGUAUGACACUUACCAGAAAGCCAGAAGCAAGUUGCCGACGGCCGAGUUGACAUCGGACCUUUGUAGCGACGUGGAGAUGGGUCGUGGGAGAAGGAAAAAAGCCAAGAGGAUCUUGUAUAGUGAAACUGAAUCUGAGGGUGAAGAGACCUACCAGCCACCCAAACCGCCAACUCCACCAUGCUUUAAACCAACAACGAAAAGCGUCCGCUGCAGACGUAAAGUGCCCCAGGUUCGAGAAAAGACUUACAAGCCCUCCGGCAAGCGAGCACAUGGCAGUCGGCGUAAAUCUCAUGAGAAAUUGUCGCCUCAGCACCAUUCACCAACAAGUUAUUUCUCUCAAGAGCAGACACACGGCAGUCACUGUGAAUCUCAUGGAGAGCUGUCAUCUCGGCACCGUUCACCAACCAGUCAUUUCUCUCAAGAGUGGACAUAUGGUAACAAGCAUUUAUCACUUUUCGAGCUUUUUCUCAACACCACUCCAGGAUAG